AUGGAUGCAUCGCUACCUCUGGUAACCAGUCCGGAGGGUGGGGGUGGUUCGGCUUCAACACUAUAUACAAUGAGUACUGCGCUGUAUAUUGGAUUAAUGCUGGAGAAAUGGUACCUUGGGGUGCGUUCGGCGUGGUACGGUGCUUCAUUGUUACAAAGGUUCUGCCGCAAUUCAUGUAGGUGUCCCAACCCUUUGGCGCUGUCGGGGGGGGGGGUUUCUUUCUAAUCUCUUUUCUCCCCUUCAACCCCUUCGACUUUUCUCUACUACCGAUGGUUUCAUCAACGAAAUUUUCUUCCCUGCAGCGACACAGCCUCGACGUCCGGAGACAGAAGCUGGAGGAUCCGAGUAAGUUGGGUUUCAUCAAUGGUACAGUACGCAGGUGUAUCCACCAACGUCUGGUGAAGUAGAUAUCCACCAGGGUUCAUCAUUAUCACCAGCACAACCUUCACCUGCAGUGGUUCGGGUCGUACGUCGCGAUAUGACACCAUCCACAGCAAAAACACCGAUCAACAGAAUCGCAAACAAUAUCAUAGUCCAGUCCACUGCUACAACGGCAAGAACUGCACAAUAUCGCAAAUCGCGAUCUCGAUCCUCACUCCCCCCAACCUCUCCACAUUCGGAACAAGCCUAAACCCCGAACAACGACCCUCUACCGUAAUCGGUGGGAUUGAUUGAUUCCCUAUCACGCACGAUAUCCCGCAGAAACCAAGCAACGAUAAGCCAUUUCGAAAACGGUCGAGCGAAGUGAACACCCCCAUCCCUACCAUACAUACAUGGAUUUACAUACGCUACAAUACGGUACCGCACCGCCUUUCGCAAUUUUAACCGGUCGGCGCAAUAUGGAACCGCGAUUCCCAUGGAUCCCGAUGGGACCUGCCGCCGAUGGGAGUAUUUUUU